UCUCCAGAUAAAUAACAAAACCCUCGUUUUCUUCCUCAGCCGUCGAAGUCCCAGCUUUCAGUCACACAGCAGAGAGAGAGAGAAGGCGGAGAUGACGACCAGAUUCAAGAAGAACAGGAAGAAGCGCGGGCACGUGAGCGCCGGCCAUGGAAGAAUCGGCAAGCACAGGAAGCACCCCGGUGGUCGCGGUAACGCCGGUGGUAUGCACCACCACAGAAUCCUCUUCGACAAGUAUCACCCUGGCUACUUCGGCAAGGUCGGUAUGAGGUAUUUCCACAAGCUCCGUAACAAAUUCUACUGCCCGAUCGUCAACAUCGACAAGCUCUGGGCCAUGGUUCCUCAGGAGGUCAAGGACAAGGCCUCCAAGGACAACGUCCCUCUCAUCGAUGUCACUCAGUUCGGAUACUUCAAGGUUUUGGGCAAAGGAGUCUUGCCGGAGAAUCAGCCUGUCGUCGUCAAGGCCAAGCUCGUCUCCAAGAUCGCCGAGAAGAAGAUUAAGGAGGCCGGCGGCGCCGUCGUCCUCACCGCCUAGUCCGGCAGUUUUGGGGUUGCCCCGGUUGUUCUCGCCCAUAAUUAGACCAUUCCCAAGUGUGGG